CUUGGUGACUCAUAGAUUGUUUGAAUUGCAAUUGGUCUGGCCGUGGAUUUGUCUCCAGUCAGUAAGAGGCUAUUCGAGUGAUUAGGAACAGAGUUUCAUGGUCGCACGGGAUAGAGCAUUCCUGGAUUGUGGGGGACACUUCUGCAGAAACGAUCGCCCCAAAAUUCCUCUCCCACCAUGAGUAGAGACGGAGGAAUGGAGGGAUUGGUAUUCCUGGUGCUUCUGUGUGGGGAAGUCUCUGCAAAUUCUCACUCUCUUCGGUACCUGGCCACUGUUCAGACUGCGACCCACCACCUUCCAGGCUUUGUGAUCAUCGGCUAUGUGGAUGAUGUCCAGUUUUUCAACUACGACAGCACUCGGAAGACAUUGAUCGCCCAGGGGCAGUGGAUGGUGGAAAGUAAGAAGCCCCCAUUCUGGGAGCGAAGUGCAAUGCUGGCACAGCAGAAGGAGAAACAUUUCGAACACUACAUUCAAAUGCUAGCGGCACGGACCAACCAGUCGGGUGGGAUCCACUGGUUCCAACUAAUGACUGGCUGUGACCUGAGGGAGGAUGGCACCACAGAUGGAUUCUCACAUUUCGGCUGGGAUGGGCAAGAUUACAUGAAAUUUGACAAGGAUCACCAGGACUGGGUCACCACAGUACGAUGGGGAGAAAAGACAAAGAAAUGGUGGGAGGAAAUCAAGGCCUGGAAUAAUCAGCAGUGGACAUAUUACCUGGAGAAGGAGUGUGUACACUGGCUGAACACCUACUUGGACUACGGACAGCAGAUGCUGAGUAUCAUUUCCCCCAUGGUAUCCUUUACCCGACAGGGUGAUUCUAACCGGCUGUCUUGUCUCGUCACUGGAUUUUAUCCACAAGCCAUUGAGGUGACUCUGUGGAGGGAUGGAGUGUUGAUCGAUGAGACCCUGUCCACUGGGAUCUUACCCAAUCACGAUUGGACCUACCAGAUCCGGAAAUGGAUAGAGUUUGAUCCAAAGGAUUGGGCUGAGUAUUCCUGUCGGGUGGAGCACAAUGGGCUGGAGGAGAAGUUGAUUUAUGUGCCAGAGUCUGACUCCCAUGUUCUUGUUGCUGUUAUGGUUUCACUUGGAGUCUUCAUGAUCAUCACUCUCCUUUUAGGGGCUUUCGCUAUCUUUUGCAAGAAAGUGAGAAGGAAGAGUGACUACAUCCAUACACACACUUCUGAUGAUGGGAUAUCCUCAGCCAGUUCCACUGCCAGUUCCUAAGUGGUCUACCAUAUCUGACUGGGAAUCUACAGACAUCAUUUCCCAAGAUCAGCGUCUGGAGGGGAGAAGAGAUUAAGAUAGGAUUGACUCCUGCUCACUCUCAAAUUCUGGCGCAUUUUGAAAAUCUGAUUCCUGAUUCAUGGCAACAUUAAUAUUUUGUUCACUGAAAUCUGACCUGCUAAUGCCGGAGCUGUAUAAUCAAAAUGUGACUUCUAUUCCUGGAAAGUAACCUCACCUCCAACUGGUGACCACUCCCCCACCAGUUACUGUGCAAAUGGCACUACCCUGUCAGUGAUGGUGAUGUGUACAUGUUUGACCCCCUUCACAGAUCAUUCACCAAUGGGAUAGCCUUGGACCUCAGAUCCUUGCACUUUCAGUACUUAGUUAACCUUUACCUUUACUUGUAUUCAUAACAAUUCUUGUCAAGACUGAUUGAACCCAGUAAUUGCCUGACUGUGAUAUAAACUGUCCAACUGCAGGAGAGGACCAGACAGCAGCACCUGUGGAUAAUGGGCCACAAGUUUAAGACUAAGAUGAGGAGGAAAAUCUGCUCUCUGAGGCUUUGAAAUUCUUUCCACAGAGAACUGUGCAAGCAGAGUCCCUGUGUACAUUUAAAGAUAAAAUGGAUCCAUUCAGAUGGAAUCACAGCUGAAAGGGAAGAGGAAAGGGCUCACGUGGAAUGGCAGUUCAACCGUGAUCCAACUGAGUGGCAGAGCAGGCUGGAGGGGGAGAAUGGCCUACUUAUUAAGCUCUUAUAGUCUGCAUCACAAGCUCAUCUCCCUUCCCUGGUAUAAUCGUUGUCUUGGAAUCUCUUGACUUCAGAUGUUCCCUAUGUUCAGGUUGUGAGCGCAAUGCACUGUCUGACUCUAAAACAGGGAAAUAGUGGUGUACUGUACUCCCAAUCAUUCUGUCCAGGCCUCUGAGAUUCUACUAACGAUCUUAUCUUUUUUAAUAAAAGCAAAGUACUGCGGAUGUUGGAAAUCUGAAGCAAACAGAGGGAACACUGGAGAAACUCAGA